CGUGUUUGGUAUCUUUUGGAUUUACGUGGGGAGGGUUGGAUUCUCAUUUCUCACUUCUCUUUAGGUUCCGGUGUAGUGUGGCGGUGGCGUCAUCUGAAAAUUCUCUGAAAUAAUAUGUACAUGUACUCCAAAAAAACCAUUGUAUUUUAUGUUCUUAGAUCCGUAAGGUUGGUUAAAAACAGUUAGUUAACGAAGAUCUUUGUCCCCGAGUGGUUUUGAUCUCAUUCACUCUGCCAACCACUUUCUUUCUGACCCACCUUCACUUCCCGCGGAACACACAUCCUCCUUCUUUGAUGGGCAAGAAGCAGCACUUGGACUGGACCUCAAAGUCAAUUGUUUCCUCCGGUAGCGAGAGGGUCUCUCUUUUGAAUAAGGAGGCAAAGAAGAAAGCAAACGAAGACCAAUCCGCUGAUGGUCUUGUGACAGACCUUGAGCACGGGGAUGCAGUAGAGGCAGCAAAUGUUGGAUUCUGCAGAGUAUUAUCACUGGCAAAGCCCGAUGCAGGGAAGCUAGUUGUUGCCACCAUUGCCCUGUUGAUCGCAUCCACAUCAAGUAUUCUGAUUCCAAAAUAUGGUGGUAUGAUAAUAGACAUUGUAUCAAGAGAAAUCAGAACUCCUGAACAGCAGUCAGAAGCUCUGGAUGCUAUCAAGGACACCAUAUUGGAUAUUGUGCUUAUAGUGGUCGUUGGUUCUCUGUGCACAGCACUUCGAGCAUGGUUGUUUGCUUCUGCCAGUGAAAGGGUUGUAACUCGUGUGAGAAAGGAUUUAUUCAGUCACCUUAUACAUCAGGAAAUAGCAUUCUUUGAUGUUACUCGAACGGGGGAACUCCUAAGCCGGCUAUCUGAAGACACACAGAUCAUAAAGAAUGCUGCAACGACCAAUCUUUCUGAGGCACUCCGAAAUCUGACAACUGCAUUAAUUGGCAUUGCCUUCAUGUUCACAUCUUCUUGGAAGUUAACAUUGUUGGCUUUGGCUGUAGUGCCAGUCAUUUCAGUUGCUGUUCGAAAAUUUGGGCGCUAUCUUCGUGAACUUUCACAUUCAACUCAAGCUGCAGCUGCAGUCGCUGCCUCAAUUGCGGAGGAAUCUUUUGGGGCCAUCCGAACGGUCAGAUCUUUUGCUCAAGAAGCUUAUGCAAUUUUAAAAUACUCAGAAAAGGUUGACGAGACGUUGAAGCUUGGUCUUAGACAAGCUAGAGUAGUUGGUCUAUUUUUUGGAGGACUAAAUGCGGCAUCCACAUUAUCUGUCAUCGUAGUGGUGGUUUAUGGAGCUUACUUGACAAUAACAGGCUUCAUGACUGCAGGCUCCCUUACAUCCUUCAUUCUUUACAGCCUUACAGUUGGAUCCUCGGUAUCCUCUUUAUCAGGAUUAUAUACAACAACAAUGAAAGCUGCAGGAGCAAGCAGAAGAGUUUUUCAGCUCCUGGAUCGUAUCUCAGUUAUGCCAAAAUCCGGAGAUAAGUGCCCCAUGGGAAACCCCGACGGAGAUGUGGAAUUAGAUGAUGUCUGGUUUGCUUACCCUUCUCGCCCAACUCAUAUGGUACUCAAGGGUAUAAGUUUAAAACUAAGGCCUGGUUCAAAAGUUGCUCUUGUUGGUCCAAGUGGUGGUGGAAAGACGACAAUAGCCAACUUAAUUGAGAGGUUCUAUGACCCUCUCAAAGGAAAGAUUUUGCUAAAUGGGGUUCCACUAGUGGAAAUAUCACAUGAAUAUCUUCAUAAAAUGAUCAGUAUCGUCAGCCAGGAGCCUGUUCUUUUCAAUUGUUCCGUGGAAGAAAACAUUGCCUACGGGUUCAAUGGAAGAGCUAGCAGUACCGAGAUAGAAACUGUAGCUAAAAUGGCCAACGCCCAUGAAUUCAUAGAAAAGUUUCCUGAAAAGUAUCAAACUGUUGUUGGAGAACGUGGAUUGAGGCUGUCAGGUGGCCAGAAACAAAGAGUAGCAAUUGCCAGAGCGCUAUUAAUGAAUCCAAAAGUUUUGCUACUGGAUGAAGCCACUAGUGCUCUAGAUGCUGAAAGUGAAUACCUUGUUCAGGAUGCCAUGGAUUCUCUGAUGAGGGGAAGGACUGUUCUUGUCAUAGCACACAGGCUUUCAACAGUCAAAAGUGCAGACAGUGUUGCUGUUAUAUCAGAUGGUCAGAUAGCUGAAAGUGGCGCCCACGAGGAGCUACUCAGCCAAGAUGGAAUUUACACUGCAUUAGUGAGGAGACAAUUACAAGCCCCAAGUACUGCACUGUAGUUUAAAAUUGUAGAUAAAACUACAGGCAGUAGGAAU